AUGACCGUCUCCUACACACUCGAGGUGGCAAAUGCCCGGUUCGGUGGCUUCUCGAAGCUGCUGUUCAGGUGGAAGGGAAGCAUCUACAAGCUGCUCUACAAGGAGUUCCUGUUCUUCAGCGGGCUGUACUGUUUCUUCAGUAUUAUGUACAGAUUCUUUCUGACCCCGAAACAGCAGGAAUUGUUUGAGCAGACAGCCAUUUACUGUGACCAGUUCACCAAUCUUAUUCCCGUGUCGUUCGUGCUAGGAUUCUAUGUGACCCUGGCCUUUAACCGCUGGUGGGGUCAGUACACCAGCUUCCCGCUGCCGGACAACCUGAUGAUGGUGGUGUCCGGGAACGUCCACGGGACGGACGAGCGGGGUCGCCUGCUGCGCCGCACGCUGAUGAGAUACGCCAACCUGUCCUCCGUCCUCAUCCUCCGCUCCAUCAGCACGCGCGUCCGCAGGCGUUUCCAGACCCUGGACGACGUCGUGGAAGCAGGCUUUAUGACCCGAGAAGAACAUAAGAAACUGGAUCAUUUGUAUUCGGACUUCAACAAAUACUGGAUGCCGCUGACGUGGUUUUCGAACCUGGCAGCCCAGGCGCGCAAGGAGGGGCGUGUGCGGGAUGACAUAGCCCUGAGACUGCUCAUGGACGAACUCAAUAACUACAGAGGCAAGUGCAGUAUGCUCUUCCAUUACGACUGGAUUAGUAUCCCGCUCGUGUACACGCAGGUGGUGACGCUCGCCGUCUACUCCUUCUUCACCUCCUGCCUCAUUGGACGGCAGUUCCUGAACCCCACUAAAGGGUACAAGGGUCACAAUUUGGAUAUGUACGUUCCUGUCUUCACCCUGCUGCAGUUCUUCUUCUAUUUCGGCUGGCUCAAGGUAGGAGAGCUGAUCAUUAAUCCUUUUGGAGAGGAUGACGACGAUUUUGAAACAAACCAGCUGAUUGACCGAAACUUCCAGGUGUCCAUGUUGGCGGUUGACGACAUGUACCAGAAUUUACCCCCCAGCGAGAAGGACAAGUACUGGACGGAGGAAGGCUUCACCAUCCCCUACAGCCUGGCCACUGCCGCAGAGACCCUAAAGCCUUUUAUGGGCUCCACCUACGACAUGAGGGGGAGCGAGGAUUCCUUGCACCUGCGGCCCGUCGAGACACCCGUGACCCCAACACCAAAGGACCAAACGGAACUCUACUUCCCCGUCCCCGGCUCCCCAGCACCCGGUCACCAGAACAACGGCCUGGAAAGCCAGGGGCUACAGCUCCUGCGUCUCCGUGGAGACAGCAUCACUCCUGACCAGGAAGUGAGGAAGAUGUGAACGACAACCAAAGAAACCCAGAGAACGACAGGCCUCGGUGUACUCUCAUUCUGCUGGAACAAAGCAAAGCACAUAGCCAGAACUGGACACUUAUUGGGGUAAAUUAUGUUUAAUGUAACAUUGGGGUCAGCUAAACAGGUUUAGGUGAAAUGGUUGGUUCCAUAACCUUUGAUUGUAACAGAAACAUGAGGAGCAACUUCCAGAGGCCUAGCUGUACUGCAAACGAAUGCAUUCAUCUAGACCAUAAAUAUUUACUAUCACUUAUGUAUCAAGCAUAAAUAUACAAUGUCUGCAAAGGCUUCAGAUACCACCAUUGACUCCUACAAUGGAACCUACCACUAAAACAGCCAAAAAACUACUUUCACUGAGAAAAAGGUACCAUUUCCCCUCAGAAUAUCUCUAAAUCAUUACGAUCAGUUUAACGGCUGAUGCUACAGGUUGAAACUGCCAUUACAACUGUACACCAGCAGUGUGGCAUACUAAAAAAA